GCGAUCCAGGCGACCGCGGGAGCCCUACGGGUGGGCAGAGGCGCUGCCUCUCUUCCCUAAGUCGUGGGGAGGCAUUAAUUUCUCUGGUUCUUCUGUAAUACCAAGGUUGGGCACGUCACCCUCCCCCUCCUCCUUCAUCAUCAGGCUUUUGCUGACGGUCUUGUUUGGGGGGGGGAGAGCGCGCGGGGCGGGAGCGGCCGAUUUCGGCCCCUCCCCACUUUUUUCGUUUUUCCAAUUUUGAUCAUCAUCAUCACCCUCGGGAAAUGAUCCUGAUACUACCGACAGAGAAUUGAAUAGUGCCACAUCUACGUGAUCCACCGAACCAUCUGAAAGCGUUUAAAAGCAGCCGAGUCCUCAGUCCCUGCUGAAGCGUCUCUUCUCCCCCAGUCCUUUUAUGUUUCCCCACACUUAUUUUAUUGACACGCUUUCAUAAUUAUCGAGGGGAGGGGUUGGACGCCCCGCCACAUCUUCCUAAAAUCCAAAGUCCUGUUCAGGAGGAGGAGGAGGAGGAGACGACGGAAAGAGCAACCAGAUACUGGUGAUGCCAGGUACAGUCUUUUGUAGGGGCCCUGUUUUGAAGAAGAGGAAAUACAAGGAGUUUGUGUGCUUUGAACGCUUAGUCUUCUAAGCUUAAUAUUCUUCUUUCCUUUGUUUAUUCUCCUUUCUAUGGAAAGAAUUGGAGGAUUAAACCCCAAAACCAAAUUACUUUAGUCAUCAGAACAACAGUUAGGUGUGGACCAUCAGGGUACCAGGCAAAAACAAUUCCCAUGACACCUUUCUUCUUUUGGAGGCUCAAUGACCAAGCCAUUCUUGAAGAGUCAAAAGGCACUGAGAGGACUUGAUUAUUCUCCAAGUGGGUGGUAAAAGGGAGAGGGGAAAAAAAAAGAAAGUUCCAGAAAUAACUCUCCUCAGAAAGGAAGGCAGAAGCAACAGUUCAUAAGCAUUGCUGCUUUUCCCACCUCUGUCUGGAGAACUGAAGUCUGCAGAACUACUUCAAGAUGUGUAGCUCUGUUGUUCCCAGGCUCUGGUUUUUAACGGAUCGACGUAUCCGGGAAGAUUAUCCUCAGCAGGAAAUUCUAAGGGCCCUUAAAGCCAAAUGUUGUGAAGAGGAUCUAGACUUCCGAGCUUUGGUGAUGGAUGAAGUGGUCUUGACCAUUGAGCAAGGAAACCUGGGUCUUCGAGUCAAUGGGGAACUCAUCACUGCUUACCCACAAGUAGUGGUGGUUCGUGUACCAACACCAUGGGUGCAGAGUGACAGUGAUAUUACAGUUCUUCGCCAUCUGGAAAAGAUGGGCUGCCGGCUGAUGAACCGUCCCCAAGCCAUACUCAAUUGUGUCAACAAGUUCUGGACUUUCCAAGAAUUGGCUGGUCAUGGUGUGCCUCUUCCAGACACUUUUUCUUAUGGGGGUCAUGAAAACUUUGCCAAAAUGAUUGAUGAAGCAGAAGUGUUGGAGUUCCCCAUGGUUGUAAAGAAUACCCGAGGUCAUAGAGGCAAAGCUGUGUUUCUGGCCAGAGACAAACACCAUCUGGCAGACCUGAGCCAUCUAAUUCGUCAUGAAGCCCCUUAUCUAUUCCAAAAAUAUGUCCAGGAGUCUCACGGCAAAGAUGUGCGUGUCAUCGUGGUGGGAGGCCGUGUCGUGGGCACUAUGCUGCGUUGCUCAACAGAUGGUAGAAUGCAGAGCAAUUGCUCACUUGGUGGUAUAGGAAUGAUGUGCUCGCUGAGUGAACAAGGCAAACAACUGGCAAUCCAAGUUUCUAACAUCUUGGGGAUGGAUGUGUGUGGCAUCGACCUCCUAAUGAAGGAUGAUGGCUCGUUCUGCGUCUGUGAGGCCAAUGCAAAUGUAGGUUUCAUUGCCUUUGACAAGGCUUGCAAUCUAGAUGUAGCUGGUAUCAUAGCGGACUAUGCCGCUUCCCUGCUUCCUCCCGGUCGCUUGACACGACGCAUGUCCUUGCUCUCUGUGGUGUCCACGGCUAGCGAGACUAGCGAGCCAGAGCUGGGACCUCCAGCUAGUGCCACUGUCGACAAUAUGAGUGCCAGCUCCAGCUCUGUCGACAGCGACCCUGAAACCACAGAGAGAGAGUUGCUCACCAAGCUCCCGGGGGGGAUAUUCAAUAUGAACCAGCUAAUAGCCAAUGAGAUUAAACUCCUAGUGGAGUGAUGCCACAUGUAAAUAACUGUGACCAACUUUCUUGUAAAUUUUUUUAAAAUAAAACCAACUUGUAGUGCUGUUUAUUGGAAGCAGCUUAUGGAGGUGAGGUGAGGGUUUUAGCCUUGGGAUCAGAAUCAAAACACGCAUGUUCUGUGAAUGCUGCUUUUGCUACCUAUUAACCUUGCAGAACAUAUGUUUAGUUGUUAUUUUUAACAACUAUUUAUCAUUUGAUAAUGCUCUGUUUAAAGUCUGCAUUGGGGAAUGGGGGACAAAGAACUGGAUAAAUUUUUUCUGUUUUUGAUAGGGAUGCCAUUAUGAUCUUUAAACUCAUUUCAUAGGAAAAUGUUUCAUCUUGAUUUGUGCUUUUGCAGUUUGAAAAGGUAACGCUCCAAAAGCAUCUGUGAACUAACGCGUUGCCAACCAUCCCCUCACCUCAUUGGAGCUCAUUCAUAUUAGUUUAUGCCUCUUGCUUUAUGUCCCAUAGGAGUGGAGAGAAAUUAGAACAGCCAAUUUUAUUUCAUCCAAAGGUUCUAAAUAUCAGCAUUUCCAUCUAUUAUCAGUAAGAUCUGUAAAAUUGUAUCCCUGACAAACAGUCCACAAUGGCCUCUGAAAUUCUGACCUUUAAGCAGUUUUGCAGGGUGCAACAUUGAUUAGUUCAGCAUGAGCUUUUGAAAUAAACCUGCAACUUCUGCCAUUUCUGUAUUAACAGACGUCCUCGUGCUUAGAUUUAAAAUAAAAUUCACGUUCCCUGGGAGAAAAAUUUUACUAUGUGACUGGAUUUUAAAAAUAAUUUUAAAUCCUAGGUUUAGGUUGGGAAGGGGAGAAGCUGUGUAUAAAAUUCAGUUUGGGUCAUUGAUGGCAGAAGUGGCAUGUUUUCUUUCGCACAAGAACCGAGAUAAACAGCACUGUUAACUUUUGGUGUACAAAAUAAUGUUUAAUCCAAUGUGAAAAAGAAUAACACUAGUUUAAAACAAACGUGCAUUGACUUGUAUUUGUUAGUGUUUUAGUCCUUUUUGCAAGAUAUAUGCUGUGUUAAUGUUUCAUUUUUAAUACAUGCUCGUCCAACACUUCCUUCUCCAUGCCUGCAUCUUUAACAGCGGCCCAACUUGAAAAAUACCCGUACUACUCAACAUCACCACUAACAGUAAUAAACCUAAACACUUUAAAAAAAAAUCUGAUGCCUAGAACAUAUGGGAGGGGUGUGGAGGAGGGCUGAAACGGUUGCAAAUUUCGAAACUACUUUUCAUAAAUUUAACAUGUUACUAUUAUUGAUAGUAGCUUUCCUUUAUAGAAGGCAUUAAAAUCUAAAGUGGCCUGAUUUACCAAGGAUAAAUCUUGAGAGAAACAAGCAGGUUUUGGUUUUGGUUUUGGGAAACAUGUUGCCAGUAAGGCCCAGCCAGAAUGGGAAUAUGAUUUAAGGCUACCCCUGUGUGGAUCUCAGGCCCCUUUGUAUGUGUCUGUAUUUUGCUUUGUUUUUGUCAUUGGUUUUUGUCUGUCCAGUUCGUCAGUCUUUUUUCCAGAAUGCCUGAUGAUCUCCUCUCCCAAUCCAUCCCUGAUACUUCUGGCUGUGCAUUUUCUUAUUAAAUUUGAUAAAAGAACCAAAACAACAGCUUUGGGUCUGUUUUAAUGGCCUCAUCUUCCUCCUCCUCCUCACCCAUUUCUCACUCAUGUAUUUCUUUGGGGAAUAUACAGUAUUGAAACUAUAGAAAAAUGUAAAUAAAAAUCCUGUUACUUUAAAAACAACCAUCCACAACACCACACAGUAGAAUGUGUGUAACAGGAAUUUGGCUUUGGAGGGUGGGCAGCUUCUGUAUGCAGGGUUGUUCUUGUCUCAGUGCUUCAAAGGAGCAGUUUACCCUCCGGGGCUCUAAGCUUCAUGCCACUGGCCAACUUUACCACUCAGAUGUCUUACUUUCACUCGGCUAUUAAACACUUACCACUUGUGGACACUUUACAGAAACACUAGGAAUAAACAGAAAAGUGUUAGCCUGCUUUCAUGAUCAUGCCGAUUUGUACAGGUUUUUAAAUGUAACAAUGAAGUUCUUGUAGAAUUAAAUGUUACUGUUAAAAGCAAAAUAGAAGGUUGAUUGUUGGCAUUAGCUGGUGAAGCAAAAACAAUCUUUUACAGUGUUUAGGUUGAAGAAGAAUACAAAGGUUUUCAUUUAAAAAACUCAGAAAAGAAAACUCCCAAAUAGUUUUCUUUCCUUCUGCUUUGUGGCCCUUCACCCCUUUGCUAACUAGAUGUGUGCCUUCUAAAAUACAGGUUUCUUUAAAGCAUUGCACAUCUUUCAGGAACAUGAGCAAAGAAUUAAUCAUUUGUUAACUAACAGAACUUCAAAAACUUUGCAACACUCGCAGGAAACAAAGUCGAUGCCAGAAGAAGCUUGACAACUCUUUGACACUUGUGAUUUGGGCUAUACUGAGUUUCUCCAUUGCUUGAGGAAAACAGCUUGUGACAAAUGUUUUUCACAUGAAACUUUUUCAAAAUGUGUAGACCCAAUUUACACCACUAUAAAUGCAAUGGAAUGACACACUUUGUUCUGAAUCAUACACAAGCAAAACAUUAAGGGAUUUUACACUUUGGUUUAUCUGCUUGUCAUGAGAUGGCCAUGGGUACCUUGUGGUUGUAUUGGAAAGUUGGAAAAGAGACUGAGUAACAUUUGGGCAAAGAAAAGUCUCACAUACUAUUGAAAUAGAAGCUGGCAUUGCAUGUUAAAAUCAUAUAGGAAAUACCAUGCUUAAAAAAAUGGGGUAGUACAUUUCCUCCCUACGUAGUGUAACUUCAUUAGAAAAAUGUAGAAGUCUUAAAAACGUUACUAUUGGUAAAGAAAAUGAAUUGAGUUUCUAAUAACUAGGGUUUAACUUCUGUAGAAAGUAGUGCUACACAUCACACUUCCCUGGAAAAAAAUAUUGACAAGUAUAUUAAGAGUACCAACAUUGCUUAUCAUAAUUUGAAAUGAACAACUAGUAAAACAGAAUUGAACAAAUGGGAAAAUAGAAGCUAUAGUGAAUGUCAGCACAGUCAGUGAUUGCAUAGCAUUAAAAUGGAACCAGGUUUGGGGGUUGGAUGGUAAUGAUGGAGUUUGAUGGAGUACUGUGUGUUUUGUUUGUUCUUUUAUUUUGCAGAUUGAAGUGCUAUAUUUAUACUUUUUGUACUGUAUAGAAUUACAGGUUGUGUUUGUAGCUUUGUAUGUUCUCAGAUUUUACAUUGUUGAUAAACCUUCUCAUUCUGGAACACUUUGAUAGAGCAUUAAUAACAUGAUGGGAGGACAGCAUAUUUGUGGACUACUUUUGUUGUUGUGUUCCAUCAAACUUUCAAGCUGUUGGAUCAAACUACAGUGACUUUGUUCAGCAAUGUAUCAGAAGAUCUGCCAAGAAAAAUGCUCUGAACCAGUGAAGUUUGGAAAAAAAAAGACAGUUCUAGAAGUGCUGCAUUGGACAUGUACCAGACUUGAUGGGUUGGAUAAACUAUUUUAAACUUCACAUUCUCCCAUUUAAUAAAAGCAAAGCUCAAGUUGGUUAAAUGUAUAAGGGUUUAAACUAUGUAAGAUGUAUCAACGUGUACAAUUCUUUCUCAUGGCUCACUCUUUUUGAGAAGGUUUAUGAGCUAUUUGGCUGGUGUGAGACUCACGACCCACUCCUGUUCUCUCUAUGGAAUUGUAGGUGCUCAGACAGGUAACCUCUGCUGCUACUGUCUCUUUCAUUUUUAAUUUUUCACUGUUCUAGGAAUUUACUAUAGAAUUUAUGACAAAAGGUUAUCUUUUUGCUUUCCUUUUCUUUUCUUUUCUUAAUAUAUAUUGAGUCUCCUGAUAUUGGAGGGUGAAUUUUGGGAUGUUCUAAUGGUGGCUUGGACCAUCGUUGGAAAUUUUUGGAUCCCUCAUGUUACGGUUUUCAGUUGAAUGUCUUUUAUUUGCUUAAUGCAUUGUCAAUAACAUGAUGUUUUGGGGUGGGAAUUUGUAGCAUUUAAUGAAUCACUAUGUAAUACAUACUCCUUUUUUUCCUGAAGGUUCUAACAAUUCACACUUUCUUACUGUUCUUUGCAAAACUUUUCAGGAGCCAAAAAAGUCAAACAAUCCAGAGAAAAACUUCCCUUCUCCCCUUUCUGAUGACGAGAGAGAGAGCUUGUGAAAAUCCUUGAGAAUGUUCCUCCCUAAACUUCCCCCCCCUGUGGUAAAACAAUAAACGCAGCAGCCUGGUGACAUCCAGUACCAACCCCUUGGCAG